UGCUAAUCUGAAUGCGACCAGGGAAGGGUCAGACUGAUGGCCGCGAAAGGAGACUCUGGCACUGCCUGCCGCCCAGAUUCACCCGUACCAUCUCACUUGUUUGAUUUGAGCGCCUGCCAGAGCGGGCAUGCUCGGUUUGGUUGAGGUUGGGAAGCGCAGCGCUGCAGAUAUUUUAGCAGCCUUCCGAAGCAGAGUGGACCGGCAGAUAGCUGGUGAAUCAGAUCAAGACGCAAAGGAGGAAUACGCAGAUGGCACAACUUUUUUCUUGACUACGAGCGCAGCUGUUCGGCGGAGGAAGGAGGCUGAAGAGAAAGAGAGAGCUCAGAAGGAUUUGGAAGCCAAUGGCAGAGGAAGAAAGCGAUUGGCCCAUGAAUUGGAGGCGACGAGCAGGCCUCUGACUGCGCUGGAGCUCCUAUGCCAACAAUUGCCACCGCCAGAGCCAAAGCCCAGGAAGCGCGAGGACAAAGUGCCCCGACAAUUGCAAGAAGAAGUGAAGGACGAGGUUGAGAAGGUUAAGACUGCCUGGAAAAAACCGAAGAGGAAGGCCAAGGUCAUGAACGUUCCGGCGAGUCUGCAGUUCAAGUACUUGAAGGAGCUUCUGGAGAAGGCGACAGGGCCCAUUGUGGAGGGGUACAUUGAUGAGGCGUUCACGGCGUGGUUAGCUUUCGAGAGGGCUGAGGAUGCUGAGGGUUUGUACAAUGAUUUCAAUGGCGGUGAAAUCAGCGGGGAAUCCAUCGAGGUGCAGCUCCUGUCAGAUUCAGAACCGCUUGGGCGCGCAUGAAAAUAUGACAGUGUUCAGGAUUGUGUUUCCUUGUCCUCAGAAAAGUUGUUUCCAACAGCUGAACCGUUGCCCGGCUCGCAGUUUGCCAGUAUGGUCAUCUUUUCUGGUAACCCGGCC